AUCAGCGGUCUUAUUAUCAUCACUGAGGAGCCGUGAAAACAUUAUUGUGUUCAUCUGUGUCGAGCAAAUUCUAACGUUUCCGAUCAAUUUGAGUCAAUAAACGAACAAUGAGUGAUCGUCCGGUGACUAGCAGAUGAGCCAUAUCUGAUCGUCGCUGAAAGAAAGAGGCGAAAUUUCGGCUAUUUUGUCAGCAUGGCUAGUUGCGGCGAGGUUAAUCUUUCCAUGGACUCCCUGACUUCAGGCAAGAAGGUGAGUGGGGAGUCUGUGAUGGAGGGAAGUCCAUCCCCUUCGUCUCCUUCGCUGCCCAUUCCGGAGUGUGCAAUCUGCCUGCAGAGCUGCGUCCAUCCCGUACGCCUGCCAUGCCACCAUAUUUUCUGCUUCCUAUGCGUAAAAGGAGCUUCCUGGCACAGCAAACGCUGCGCCCUCUGUAGAGGGGAGGUGCCCGAGGACUUCCUGGAGCGUCCCACUUUGCUCUCGCCUGAAGAGCUGAAGGCUUCGGCGACUGGCGGACGCGGUACGGGGACUGGUGGCCAUGCGUGGUACUACGAGGGGCGUAACGGAUGGUGGCAGUACGACGAGCGUACUAGCCGAGAGCUAGAGGACGCCUUCAGCAAGGGCAAGAAGAGCGCCGAGAUGCUGAUCGCCGGCUUCCUGUACGUGGCCGACUUGGAGAACAUGGUGCAGUACAGGAGGAAUGAACACGGCCGCAGGCGGAGGAUGAAGAGGGAUGUGGUGGAUAUCCCUAAGAAAGGUGUGGCCGGAUUAAGACUCGAUCCAGAUCCCAAUCCCAGUCCUGCAGCAGGAACAGCUCCUGCAGCACCCGCAGUUGAGGAUUUAAACGGAAGCAUUGAUGGCGCCACAGCGGAGCGAGAGAGUUCAGCAGAUGGAGCGGACACUGGAGUCAGCAGAGGACGUCCUCAAGGCAUCUUUGCUUCUGCUCCCGUAAGGCCGCCAACUGUCUUGGGUGGUCACCUGACCAGCCCUGCUUCCUCCAGUGAUAUUCAGCUUGUACAGGCUCUCUCCCAACUCAAUAUGAACCCCGCUGAGCAAGAACCAGAAGAGGAAGACGCAGACGACGAAGACGAUUCGGCCGCUCCGGUCCCAUCAGGGUACGAAUCAGAGUCUGGCACGAGUGAGGAUGAAGAUGAGCAGGCUGGGGACGAAGGUGAAGAUGAGCACACAGAAGGCUCCCAGGGUAGGCAUAGACUGCAUCAGUUGGACAGACCGUCCCCUGGUGGUGGCCCUGCGCAUAGCAGUGAUCGCUCUGGGUGCCCCGACGGUCAGUGCACCAUUACAAAGGUCUGACCGCAGCACAACUACAGAACUCCUACCCAACUCCCACAACCACUGGGUAUUUCUAACCAAUCUCUGAAAUGCAAAAAAUGAAAGAAUAAACCUUACAAAUCAUUGAAACACGGUCUUAAAUAAGGUUGGAGGCUAGGGACGGAUGGUUUUAGUGUAAGAAUAGUGCUUGUCUCUUUCAGUCUUAGAGGACUGUACCAGGGCUGUACUCUUUAAUGGAAAUUACAGGCAAAACUACAAUAAACUUGCUUUUAUGAUGCCUAGAAUACUGUAAAUUGGUCCAGCCAUUACACUUUCAUUUGCAUUCUUGUAAUAGAAAAUAAAAGUUUUAACCUUGAAAUUAAAAGAAAAACGGUAUAAAAUAUAAAUUUGCACAAGCCUAUUUUUAACCUUAUAUGACCAUUGAGAUUUUUGUGUUUUUAUAACAAGUUAGCACAUUUCAUUCUAAAUUCUCAUUACUCUAAUGCAUUUGUCUUAUUAGUUAUUAAUCUCAAUGCUGAUUUUCACUUUUUUUUUUUGACUGUGAUACUGAGAUUUGUGUAAAAAUGGUAUUUAUUAUAUUGCAUUAAUGAGAAUUUAGGGGGGGGAAUUUGCUUAAUUGUGCACAAUGCAAAUAAAUCUUAAUGAUCUACAAUACAGGCUUCAUUUCAUCAUGUAUUAAAAAAAAAAAAAAAAAAGAUUUUUUUUUUUCUUUUGACUUUGAGGUGAAAUUUGACGCAAACAUGUUCUUGAGAUUCCUGUUUUCCUGUCCUGAGAUUUCAUUACAUCUAGCAUGGCUCAACACCAUUAUCCAGUGGUUAUGGAGUCAUACAGUAAUGAAGUUAAAAUCUUUUCAUAAAAAUAUGCCAUAUCAACUUUUACCCUGAGGCGUCUUCAAUGCCAUCAAAAAACAAUUGCUAAAAUAAAAUUGCAUCUCUUGGUAGGAAGUCCAUAUAUAUUGUGUCUUUACUAGUUUUAUUGUUUUGAAUAUCACAAUUAUGCUGUAGAUCAAAAUGCCUGACUAUAUUUUGCGAACAGUAUUUUCAUGGAAAUGUAAAACAUUUUGUAAAUCACCACCUGGUACAGAGCCUUCUAGAUCUUCAACAAGUGGUAAGAAAGCAUCAGUUUUUUUUUUUUUUGGUGAAAUGACAAACAUUAGAUGCAAAACCAGCAUAAUUUCAAAUGCAAAACCUAACGAGAAAAUAAUUUAUUGUAGUUUUGCCAAGGAUUCCUCUUUAGCACGCUCUAGUCAUUAGAAAACCUUCAGUCAUCUUACAUUUACUACUGCUAGUGUUUCAUGGUGUGCGGUUUAAAACACUUUUAACGGUGUGUGUGUGCAUUUGCCUUUGUUUUAAGCAACUUGUCUUUUAUUCUUCUGUCUCAUCUUGGUGUGCUUUAUCUGUUUCGUGGAUUUGCGUGUGUUGCUGUGAGCGAGGAUGGAGCCCUGGACUACGGCGCUUUGAACUCUGGGAAAGGGUUUUAUCAGAUAUUGUAAUUUGUAGUUGUAAACUAGUCCUCAGACUGCAGCACACCGGGUGAGUGAGGGGUUUUCAAGCAUAGGUGUUCGAUUUGACGUUUUUUUAAAUUUUAAUGUUAUUUUCAAUCCUGCUAAUUCUCAUCUCCAUCUGUUCAGGUUCUUUGUUGUCAACAAAACAAAAUUUAAAUUUAAAAUCAAGAAUAACUUCUUUUUGCUGUAUUUUUGUUUUAACUGUGUUGUUUUGUUACCAGAUUUAUCUGAGAAAUAAAGUGUUGUCUGUUACCUGUCUUGAGAUCAAACUGUCCUGAUGUAUAUUUCUCAAUUUAAGAAAGUUUACUUUACCUUAAAGAAUGUUAAUUAUUUUGUAUUUUUCCACCUACUAGUAUUAUGUAUGGUCUAAACAUGCUAAAACUAGAAUUGGCCACCAACGCUCAGUUUUUAGAAAUCAGCAGCAAGAUUGUCAGGACUUUCAUCAACAUACAGUUGAAAGAACUGAUUUGCAGAUGUGAAACUCACCUUCUGAAUAAGUUUUUCUAAUAUGGUUUAGAGACGCUAUUAAAAUAUCUACAGUUCUUAUAGGAUUAGUUCUUCCUGAAAGGUUCUCACAGACUUUUGAUUAUUUUUUGCAGUGAACCGAUUAACAUCAUGUGCACGCUGACUUCCAGAAACUGUAAAGCCAGCUGAUUGGAUUUGAGAUGUUUAAGAAAGCUCUUGCUGUUUUUGUGUGCAAUAUGCAGAUGAUGCUGAAACUAUCUGGUGGCAAUCUACAAUCUGUACUGGGUAAGAUUUACACAAAGACUUUAGACUCAAGU